AUGGGGGUCCCCGCGGAGCCCGUCGCCGGGGCAGACUGCAAGAAGCACGCUCGGGAAUACGGCGCGAAGUAUUACAAGCAUAUGAUCGGCCACAUCUUCGAAUGGAAUUCCGACUUGGUGAAUGGGCGGGGCCGCUGUGCAGUGCGUGGCGGCGAGUGUUCCAUUUGCGGGAUCGCCGUGGCCACGGCGUCCGGGGGCCUCCCAUGCCAGCCGUGCACGCGGCAGCGCCAGAAGACCGGCAACACGCAGAAAACCCAGUCGCAAGAGAUGCACCCUGGCCACGACGAAGUGUUCGAAGGUUUCCUUGACUUCUUGUCCGAGGUUGGACCCGCCCAGUGGUGGGCCGAGGAGGUCAUGGACUUCGAACCGCAGUUGCAUGAGUUUGCAAAGUGCUGCACACGAGCUGGGUACGCCGUCCGGGCGAUCACAGUGGAUCAGGUGGAUUUCGUCCUCGUCCCACGGCCCAGGUUGAUCAUCGCUGGGUUCUCGCAUGCCGCGGGGCACAAGGCCGCCGCCGACUACUUCGUGAAGGAAAUGCAGGAAGCCAUCGCCUUCGUUCGCGGGCAGAAGGCGGCGGCCGCUGUCGGGGUCGGCGGAGUCGUCGACACCGCCGACCCGGAUGAGAUCAGCCGCCGGGCGGCGCUGCAGGAGCAAGCUCGCGUCGAAGACCUUGCUCGCGCCCCGCGUCAUUUCUCCAAGUGGCAGGUGCAUUCCAGCAAGAUCCGUUCGGAUAACGGCGUGCCCAGGAGUGCCACGCCGUGGUCUGCUCGCAGCAACGUGGUGAUGUCUGGCGUGCCGCGGACCCCCCGCAUCCUUGAUCUCGUGGAGACGACGUGGGCGGUGGCCGUGGCGCAGUCUCCGACCACUAUCCAGACAAAACAAUUGAAAAAAGGCUUGUGGGUGGGUUUGAACCAGGAUAUCAAACGCCAGCCCAUCACGGCGGCAAAACGUGCACGUGGCAUGCCCCCUGUCAUGACCACGGGCACCAUGUACUACUCCUUUGAGGCCGACGCCACGAUCAGUGGCAAGGGGAAUCUCCAGUUGGCCGGGCAUCCAUCAGACAGGGCAAGCAGGUCGUUUUUCAGUGAGUCCAAGCUUCGUGACUUAGCAGGCGAGACGUUCUGCGCUGCUUAUUGCUCGAUUGUAAGUUUUGUGAUGUAUUGCAAUCCGCAUGGCGAGUGGUGGCGCUCAGGCUCAGGGCCUUGA